AUGAAACAGAAAGAGAAAUAAAAGAGAAUAAACUUAAUGGUAUUGAAAAUUCAUCCAAUUUAUUGUUUAGGACAUUGGACGAAAGAAGAGCAUGGAUUGUAUCUUGAAUUUGUUAAUAAUCACUUUGAUAUUUUGAAAUCAAAAUAUGCUAAGAAAUCCAAAAGGAUUUUUAAAUUGAUGAGCUAGUUCAUACCAUCACGAACUCCUACAUAAUGUAGAUCACACCAUCAAAAAUUUAACCCACUUUAAUCUAGCCUAAAGAAGAACAAUUUGAAAUAGAUGAAAUAUUGA